UUUCCACCAAUUCAGGCCCUUAACAAUUUUAGAUUCCGAGGUUUUAAUUAUAUCAACUCAACUCACCACUCUAUUGAAGGGUUUUCUUCUUCGUCGUCUUCUUUCUCAAAUUCAAUUAGGGUUUUAGCAGCAAAACCAAUUUUCGCAAAUCAGCAGCAAAUUCAACUUCGAAGCAGCAACAAUGGCGAGCACCAAAGUUCAGAGGAUUAUGACCCAGCCUAUCAACUUGAUUUUCAGGUUUCUUCAAAGCAAAGCUCGUAUCCAGAUUUGGCUGUUUGAGCAGAAGGAUGCGAGGAUUGAAGGCCGUAUAAUUGGAUUUGAUGAGUACAUGAAUUUGGUUUUAGACGAUGCAGAAGAGGUGAAUGUCAAAAAGAAGACCAGAAAAUCACUUGGGAGGAUCCUUUUGAAAGGAGACAAUAUCACUCUGAUGAUGAAUACGGGAAAAUGAGGCCCAGCUGAUAUGCGUUUGUUCAGAACUAUUAAAUUUGCAAACUGAUCACCGUCUUAGAAGUUUUGGGUGUGUAUUAAUGUAGGCAUGUCCUUCAAGCAUUCACCUGUAUAGUUGAAAUGUAGUUUGAUGAAUACUUUGUAUGAAGUAGUGGAUUUGAUGGAUGUCUUCGUUCAUGUUUAAUCCAAUUUGGGACAAUUUUCUCUGCGCUACCUGUUUAUGUUACAGAAGAGGGUUGUUUCCAGAAGACUAUGUUUAUGAUUUAUUGGAGAUGUCUGAGAGUUAUAAGCUCAUAGCAUGCUCAAAGUCAUUGACACCAGGAUUUUAUAAUUUAAAUCUCUUGAAUU